GGUGGCGACGGGUGCUGUGUGCGUGUAUGCUGUGUGUUUUAAUUUGAGCGUCUCAAUUUCGUUAGAUUUUCUGAUAUUGCAGAAGAUUUUCCGCAUUUUUCACUCGUCCAACCAGUACGGCGACGUAAUGUAGUGACCAAAUACGAAUUCAGUGAAUGGCUAAAUGGUUAAAUGAUUUGCCUAAAUCCGCAUUGUUUGCUGUAGAAAAGAAAAGAAAAACGUUUUCGAUCGUGCAUUCAUUCGAACAAACAUAUCGCGGCGAAUUUGAUUUCGUAAUAAUCCAACAACGUUUUUCAUUCUGGUAUCAAUUAUUGAAGCUCGCAGUUCAUUGUUCUCAUUUUAAUAUCGAUUGUGAAUUUCUGCUUCAUAUUCGAUGAUUAUGUUGGAAGAAAUGUGAAUCGCGUUGGUCAAAAACGGUUCCUGUGUUGAUUGAAGCAAAUAUUUACCUUGUAAUGGAAUUAGCGGGAGAUUGAGAUCUUCGAUUCGGAACAAAUUUUGAUGAGCAGAAAUUACUGUAAACUGAAAGAUUUUGGAUGUCAAAGAAUUGAGGAAACAAAUUGUGUAGAAAUUGUAGUAAACAGACAAAGUUUUCUUUAACGAAAGUGAAUCUAAGUUCGCCUUCGAAAAAAAGACAUUGGACACUGAAGUGAACCGAAAUCAUAGAGUUAAUUAAACCGUAAAAUAGUCUGACCAGUGUGUGUGGUACAUUUAAAAUCCAAAAUAAUGAAUUGGUGUGUUGAUAAACAGUUUUGAAAUACCAACGAGUUCAAACCGUGAAACGUAAAUUCGCGCCAAAUCCUUUAUUUCCAUUCACUCGACACACGAAUUUCUAGUGAUUUUUAUUGAAUUGUCAAUCGAAUACAGCGAACGAACAAACCAUUCAUUCCGCGCGGCCGAUGGGAAUGAGAUCCAAUGCGUCUGUGACAAAAUCAAAUGCAGCAGCCGCAAUGGCACCAGCUCUAACCGAGCUAGUCAGUCAACAAGCUAAACUUUCUUCCCCUGCUACUGGAGCAUCGCCCCGUCCCGGAUACUUGACUAUCAGCAAUAACGGUCAACUCGUUUGUGUUUCGCCGCCACUUGAUACGAAUAAAGAAACGAGCAACACUGAACCACCGCAACAGACUCUGUCGAAUGGGCCAGCAAACGGUCCAUCCGUUGACACGUCCAUGGAGCAGCAACCGAUUGACGAUUGUUCGACAUCAAACUGUCUUAGCAAUGAACAGCCAACGAAUGUUGAAUGUAGCACGUCCGGUGGUGUACCGGAGAUAGAGGAACACACGGACCAUAUUCAAUCUCACACGAAUUCCGGUGGUACGCCAACAAACAGCCAGGAGAUCAUGGGGCUGCAAAAAGACUUUCUAAAGGAUAAUGCCGAAAUGGAACAAAUGCUGGGUGAACUGUCAUCGACCAGUGACAUUGAUCUGAUGCAAGUGUUUAAAAGUUUCGUUUCCGCUCCGACAAGUGAUAACUUAUGUGAUCUUGCUGGUGGACUGUCCUUGUUCAAUGAUAUGAACAUGGACAUGAAUAUGGGAUUGGAAGAAGUUUCGACGCCGGUCAAAGAGCCAGAUACCCAAGAAAUCCGAAACGAAAUUAGUAAGCGUCAAUCACAAAUGACCAGAAAAUUGGACUUUUUAAUUCGUCGUCUCAGGAAACUGCAAGCCCUGUCCAUGGGCCAUCACAUCAACGAGGAAAUAAACGGUCUCUUCGAAUACACUCAGUCGAUGCUGAAGCGAAAGGAGCGCGAAAGCAAGUCAAUAUCAACCAUGACUCCGUUGACCCAUCUGCAAAGCGAGAAGUCCAAACAGACCGUUGCAUGUUCGAUGAAAACGCUACUGAAACGCUUGGAAUUCGUCUCAACGUCACAACAGAGUUCUCUGAAGGAAAAAUCGGCGCGAGUGGGCCCAUCGACAGAUGCAACCAGUUUGUCGCUAAAAUCGAUACCAAAACCUCAAUUCGCCAGCUGUGUGCCCAGUUUCGACAGUGAGUGCAAUAAUCAACUGGAACAUACGGCCGGCCUGUUGCAAGCCGAAAUGCAUUAUGUUGCUAAAGCAAUCGAUUCGGAUGCAACUGCUAGCAGUUCGGGUGGUGAGUCUGGCGACGAAAUGGUGACCUAUAACAAUCCGGCACAACAGUCAUUGCCAAUUGGUAAACGCGCCGCUUGGCGUUGGAAUCGUGACCGAGCUGGCAUUGCUUCACGAUGGAGUUGGCUACUCGCACAAAUAUCUGACCUGGAAUAUCGAAUCCAUCAACAUUCUGAUUUACACAACCAAAUAAAACGUAAAAAAGGCGCCGUUAUAUUGGAAGACGUACCGUCGCUGCCAGCUUACGAAGACAGUCAAACUGAACCACCGCCACAACAGUCGUUGAAUGGAUAUCGUGGCAUACUGCCAGGCAAUUCAAAACCACUGGACAUUGAAUCUCCGAACGGAGCCUCUGACACAGAUAUGACAUAUGGUUCGUCACGAACAAGGGGUUUCCAACGAUCCGGUUUUCGCAAACGCAAACUACUUCAGACCACUAAUUUACAUACCAUCUCGAAGAAAGCGGCCCGACAAAGCACUGUUAAAUGUGGUUGUCAAUGGCCACUACAUCCAUGUGCCCUAUGCACCGGUCGUCAAGACCCAACAGCACCUAGAGAUCUACCAGAUAUGAUUCCAAUGCCGGAUCGGGUAGCUGUUUUGGAUUUUGGAUUUCAUCCUGUUAUUAGCUUUCCAGAAGAUGUUCCGCAAAGUGUCCACAUCGAGGCUACAUUACGUUCAGCUGACUUUCAACACAAAGCUGUUCGCUCCACAUCUAAAUCUGCAAUUAAAUCAAUUAUGGCGCUGCAAAAAACGGCUGAUCGUGAUGAACAUCGCACGAAAAAGCCGUAUGAUCUGGCGCAAAAGAAAUACAAAUAUCAAAAGAAAUACAAUCUACUAGCAAGCAAAUUGAAGAAAAAAUCAAAGAAAAUUAAGAUGAACAGAAGAAUGUCGUCAAUGCUGGGUAAAGAUUAUAAAUCUCUAACGGCACCAUCAACGCCAUUAUCAACGGAUGGUGUUCAGCAAGACAGUGACUUUGGACCGAAUGGUAUAUUGCGCAGUAGAAAUGCAUCACCGACUCAGGGAAGCAGCCACAAAACAAGAGAACAUUACUCUGAUAGAAAAAAUCGAAACUCGUACGAUAUCGAUAACAUUGUAAUACAUAGUGUGGCUGCGUCAACUCGAGUCGAACCACUGCCAUACAAAGAAAUUCCCACUCCAAAAUGGAGAGUUUGUGAUGAUGAUACACCGGAAAUAAAAACCGAUGAGACUAAUCCAGCGGAAGAGAACGAAGAAGAGGAAGAAGAAGACAUUUCGUCCGAUGGAAUGAUCGCUCGCCAUGAACGAGCCUUUUUGGACGAACGGAAAAAGUUUUCGACAUUUCUGAAAUUCCCGUGGAGUACGAGAUCAAGAGCGAAUCGUCGCAUCGACAGUCAAAUGGAUUCCAGUGGAGCAAAUACACCGGAUCCAACAUCACCGGCGCCAGAAACACCAGCCGGUGUUGGCGACCAUGAGUCGGUGCCAUCGCCAGCGCCUCCGUCGACUCCACUCACAUCACAAGAAGAUUCAACUACGGAUUGUCCGUUAGCCUCAGGUCAGCCAUCAAAUGGCAACAUAAUAGAUCCAAAUACGUUAAAGCCAGAAAGACGUCGUACAUUGUCAUCGAAGAAAUCCGUCGAAGAUCAAUCACAUCGAAGUAACUCACCCGAACCGAGAGAGGUCAUUCAACCGUUUGAGCCAUUAGAAUUUCCGCUAACCGAAGCAUCAUACGAAGAAAUGUUACAAAAAAUGCCAUCGAACCAUCAGACGGAUCAGCAAACGGUUGUCGGUGCCGAUUCAAUAGCAGCCCACGAAACUACCUCCCAGGCGACAUACAAACGCAUCGUUGACGAUUUGAGAGGUGAUUACAGUUUUAAAAUGUCAUACCUGUCGGGACCGACAUCCAUUGGAAGUGACGAAGAAACGGAAAGCGUUGAAUCGGGCAUGAUAGACGAAGAUCCCAAUGAUCCGGAAUGGUUUCAACCGCCAAGUCGAUUUUAAAAUUUAAAAAGAAAAAAUCCGUUUUUUAACAGCUUGAAAAUUAGAUUCGCGUCGCGCUUCGAAUUUAAACCAAUUUCGGUUUUGUUGUCGCUGUAAAACCGCCGAGAGUGUGUGUGUUGAUAUGAGAUCAUAGAUGUGCGAUGUGGGGAAUAACGUUCGUUUUUUUUAGGAUUGUAAAUUAUGCGCCCGCGGGUAGUAAUUUUUGUAUUAAGUUGACUUGAUUUCGUUCAUGAUUUUUUUUCAUUAUUUUUUUUUCAAUUUUCCAUUGAAACGAUUGACGUAUGCUUGAAGAGUAAAUAGAAAGCGAAAAGUACACGUUAUAGUAAAUGAAUCACGUAAUUUUUCCACACAUUUUUUUUUGCUGCUGCCGCCUUUUUGUACACCAAUAUUUGAUCUAUGUUGCUAUCAAAGAACGUUUGGAUAAUGUCGAAAUACUAAUAAAUAAAAAAAAGUUUGAUCUACCA